CCCCUUUGGUAAAAAAUGGCAAACCAAAGGGGCCAGCCCCGCCAUCUGUUUCUGUUCUCCCUGCUGCUGCUGUGUCUGAGGAUAAGAUGUCCGAAGACUCUCUUGUUGUUACCUGUUCGGUCUCUCAGAAUUCCGACUCCUUCAUUCCCACCUACGCUCUCAUUGAUACUGGAGCAUCAGGAUAUGCUUUUAUCGAUGAAUCUUUCGUACGUUACAAUAAUCUUGCAAUGACCCCUCUUAGGAAACCUCGCCAGGUAGAUGUUAUGGAUGGAAGACCUAUCCAGUCAGGAGAAAUUACCCACAUUGUCGAUGUUUCACUAGAUAUUCAUGGCCACCGAGAAAUUGCUUCAUGUUUCGUUACAAAGUUGGGACAUUAUCCGAUCGUGAUGGGAAUACCGUGGAUGCGACGGCACGAUGUCACCAUUCGGCCAAAGGAUAAUCUACUUGUUUUUGAUUCUCGGGACUGUAUUAAAUACUGUUCACUCAAUGAAACUGCAGUCACUGUCCAUGGAAUAUCGAUCCCUCUACCAGAACAUCAUACUAUUGUCGUUUCAGCAGUUGAGAAAUCCACCGUCAACGUCAAGCAACUAGUACCAAAGGAGUUCCACCAUCGUCUCCACAUGUUCCAAGAAUAUGAUGCUUCUGUCCUGCCGCCACAUCGACAGUCCCAUGAUAUUGAGAUCGUAUUGGAGGAAGGUAAACGACCUCCAUAUGGACCAAUAUACGGCCUGUCCCAGAUUGAAUUAAAAGCGCUACGGGAAUACCUCGAUGAAAAUCUACCAAAGGGAUUUAUCAGAGCUAGUGAAUCACCGGCAGGAGCACCUAUACUAUUCGUAAAGAAAAGUGAUGGGACUCUCCGGCUAUGUGUGGAUUACCGAGGUCUCAAUGCGAUCACAGUCAAAAAUCGGUACCCGUUACCACUGUUAAAGGAAACUUUGGCUAAACUUUCGAAGGCACAGUACUAUACCAAGUUGGAUCUACGUUGGGGAUACAAUCAGAUCAGGGUAGCGGAGGGAGACGAAUGGAAAACGGCAUUUAGAACUCGAUAUGGACAUUUCGAGUAUACAGUAAUGCCGUUUGGAUUAGCCAACGCCCCCGCCACCUUUCAACAUUGGAUUAAUGAUAUUCUACGCCCCUACCUCGACCAAUUUGUAACGGCGUAUUUGGACGAUAUCCUGAUUUAUUCCGAAACUCUACCGGAACACAAGGAACACAUUCAAAAGGUUUUGAAGGUACUUGAUGAGAAUCAUGUCCAUCUUAAACCUGAGAAGUGUGAGUUUAUGGUUCAAGAAACAAAGUAUCUUGGUUUGAUUCUCACCCCGGAUGGGAAUCGAAUGGAUCCGAAGAAAGUUGUCGAUGUUUUGGAGUGGUCUACACCAAGGAACCUUCAUGAUGUUCAAGUAUUUUUGGGAUUUGCGAAUUUCUAUCGACGGUUUAUUUUAGGAUAUUCAAGGAUUGUUGCUCCGCUUACGGCUUUGACCAAGAAAAAUAUUAAAUUUGAAUGGACGGAUGAGAGGGAGGAGGCAUUCCAGAUAUUGAAGAAGAUGUUCAUAACGGCACCCAUACUAAUGCAUUUUGAUCCGGAUCGGAAAAUCGUGGUAGAAACCGAUGCAUCCGACUAUGUUUCUGCUGGAAUCCUGUCCCAACGUGACAACGAAGGAAUUCUACAUCCAGUCGCUUUCUUCUCUAAGAAACAUUCCCCUGCGGAAUGUAACUAUGAGAUCUAUGACAAAGAACUCCUGGCGAUCGUACGAUGUUUUGAGGAAUGGCGACAUCAUUUAGAGGGGGCACAAUUCCCAAUUGAAGUUCUGAGCGACCAUCGGAACCUUGAAUAUUUCAUGUCAACAAAGUUAUUAAACCGUCGACAAGCCCGUUGGUCGGAAUUUCUUUCACGUUUCGAUUUCGUCAUUCAAUUUAGACCAGGAAAACAAGGGGCGAAACCAGAUGCAUUGACUAGGAGGUCGCGUGACCUGCCUAAAGAAGGGGAUGAGCGGUUGACCCAUCAGAGUCAAGUGGUGUUGAAGCGAAAAAAUUUAGAUGCAAAGCUAAGUUUGUUCGCGGGUUCUUUUUCAAAUGAAUCCGCUGAAGGAAUGUCCACUGUAGAAGAGUUGUUUUUAAAUGCUUACCAAGUUGACAGUUUCCCGAACAAAGUACUCGCGAUGCUUCGGAACGGCGUCCGUCACUCGAAUAAGAUCUCGCUUGCCGAAUGUACGGAAGAUAAUAACGGUCGGCUACUUUACCGUGGCGCACUCUAUGUACCGGAUGUCGACGACCUUCGGCUAAGACUCCUAAAGGAACAUCAUGACAAACCAUCGGCAGGCCAUCCAGGUAGAGCGAAGACUUUGGAACUCCUGAAUCGAGAGUACUACUGGCCACAGAUGCGAAAAUAUGUCGACCAGUACGUUAGGAAUUGCAGUGUGUGUGCCCGGAGCAAGGCACCACGCAAUGCACCUUAUGGGGUACUUCGACCUAUGCCAAUACCCGAUGGACCAUGGACAGAUGUGUCAAUGGAUUUUGUUACCGACCUCCCAGAGAGCGAUGGAUACAAUGCAAUCUUGGUCGUGGUGGAUAGGUUAACUAAGAUGCGACACCUAAUACCAACAACAAAGGAGGCGGAUUCAAGGGAAGUAGCGAGACUGUAUAUUGACAAUGUUUGGAAAUUACAUGGGUUACCCGACACUAUGGUAUCCGAUCGAGGGACACAAUUCGUUGCGGAAUUCUGGAGGUCUCUUUGCGACCGUCUGGAAAUAUCACCAAAGUUUUCUACUGCGUUCCACCCUCAGACGGAUGGGCAGACGGAAAGGAUUAAUGCCGUGAUGGAACAGUACCUUCGGAGUUAUGUUUCCUAUCAACAAGAUGACUGGACUCGAUGGUUACCAAUGGCUGAAUUUGCGACCAACAAUCACACUUCAGAAACAACAAAGAUAUCUCCUUUCUUUGCCAAUUCAGGACGAAAUCCAAGAAUGACGUUCGGUCCUUUGGAACAUGGUAGGACGACAGCAGAGGAUCAGGCUAAUGGUAUCGCACGAGAGAUGAAGGAGGUAUUAGAUUUUCUACGAGAUGAGUUGUUCCGAGCGCAAAGGAUUCAAGAAGAGUCGGCCAAUACCAGUCGGGCUCCCGCUCCUCACUAUCGUGUGGGAGAUAAGGUUUUCCUAUCCACCCGCCAUGUCCUUACCAAACGACCCUCGAAGAAACUCGAUUGGAAGCGUAUUGGGCCAUAUGUUAUUAAACGAAUUGUCAAUCCCUAUGCCUAUGAAUUAGAACUUCCUCGUUCUAUGAAGGUCCACCCUGUAUUUCAUGUUUCGUUACUGUCGCCGGAAGCCAUUGAUCCCCUACCAGGACAACAACAGUUACCACCACCACCGGUCGAAGUUGAAGGACAGGAGGAGUGGGAAGUCGAGAAUAUUUUGGAUUCCAGGGAUCGUCGAGGAAGAUUUGAAUACUUGGUUAAGUAUGCCGGUUAUGACGAAGCUUCGUGGCAGCCAUUGUCGGAUGUCGAACACUCGCCUGAUAUUGUCAAACGAUUUCACGAACGAUAUCCACGGAAGCCUAAGCCUACCAGGAGGUAG